UCUCUCUCUCUCUCUCUCUCUCUCUCUCUCAUAUUUUUGUAUAAAACUUUCCGUCCGGAAGAAAACAACCAAUUACGCGAAAGUAACCAGUUUAAAAAUUAAUAAAAAAGCAUCGACAUUAUUAUUAUUUUUUAAAUAAAUAAAAAGAAGAAAAGUAUAAGAGGAAAUUGUGUGUCUGAGAGAAAGUUGUAGUCGUGUUUGCUGUUCCUCUUCUCGUCAACAAAUCACUCUUCCUACUUCAUCCCCUUCCUCCUCUCUCUCUAGCAUCUGGAAGUGUGCUUCUCCGCUCUCAACAAUUCCAAGAAAUUGGGAAAUUCGAGAAAUUGGUAUGUUAUUCUUGUUACUCUCGUUGAUUUGUUUUGACACAUUGAAGAAUAAGUGAGAAGAAGAGAACCAUAUUCAAUGGGUAAUAAGCUCGGAAGAAGUAGACAGGUGAUUGAUGAGAAAUACACAAGGCCUCAGGGGCUUUACCACCACAAAGAUGUGGAUCAUAAGAAACUGAAGAAGCUCAUACUUGAGUCCAAACUUGCUCCUUGCUAUCCUGGAGAUGAAGAAGGCACUUGCGAUCUUGAAGAAUGUCCAAUUUGCUUUCUGUAUUAUCCAAGUCUUAAUAGAUCAAGAUGUUGCAUGAAAGGCAUUUGUACAGAGUGUUUCCUGCAGAUGAAAGUUCCCAAUUCAACUCGUCCUACGCAGUGCCCUUUUUGUAAAACAACCAAUUAUGCUGUGGAGUUCCGUGGUGUGAAAACAAAGGAAGAGAAGGGCCUGGAGCAGAUUGAAGAACAAAGAGUCAUAGAAGCAAAAAUCAGGAUGCGACAGCAAGAACUUCAGGAUGAAGAAGAAAGAAUGCAGAAAAGACAGCCGAGCUCUCCAAGAAGAAGCAUGGCACCAAUGGGAGAUGAAUACAGCUCAGUAACUGUUCCAUCUUCCAUUUCUCCGGAAGGAGAGGAAAUAGUUUCUUCUCAAGAUUCAUGUGCUGUCUCAACGUUUAGACAGCCUCCAUCUCCAAGAGUGUACAGGGAGGAUGAAUUCGACGUGGAUCUUGAGGAUUUAAUGGUCAUGGAAGCAAUUUGGCUUUCUAUUCAGGAGAAUGGGAGACAAAAGUCUUCAUCUUAUGUUGGUGCUGCUCCACCUGAACAAUUUGUCUCAAGACAAAACGUUGUCUCACAAGCCAUGGCUUCAGUUUCCGGUUCAUCUUCACCAUCCGGGGGUCUUGCCUGUGCAAUAGCUGCCCUUGCGGAACGACAACAAACGAGUGGAGAAUCCUCUACAAAUCCUGGUGGCAACGUGUCGGGGUUUAGUAUGGUUCCUGGCACUAGCAGAUUUUACAACAGGGUGGACAGAGGACCUGAGAAUUAUCAAGUUGCAGUGACCUCUUCUGAAAUGUCAAUCAAUCACAGGAUGCCUUUGACGCAGGAUGACAGAGAAUGGGACGCUGACACAACACGGACGGGUUAUGCAAGUUCCGACACAACAGAAGAUGUCGGGAGUACAUCUGCACGACCAGCGGGGAGUGAGAUUGAGGGUGAUCUUCAAAAUGCCCCCGGCACUAUCGUUCCUGAGAGUUUUGAGGAGCAGAUGAUGCUGGCCAUGGCCGUUUCUUUGGCUGAGGCUGGAGCCGUGGCUAGUGGACCUGGAGUUUCCUGGCAGUAGUUGAAGUCAUGAUACAAGUGAUAGUUAAUCCUGAAACGGAUAUGUUGUGGCCAUUGCAGUUGCUAGCUGAGUCUCGAGCACGGAAACUGCACAAAAAUGGAAGGGAAAAAAUUCGCGUAACUAGUCGAAAGGUCAAGGCAGUGAUGAAUCUCCCUCACUUUCUCAGUCCCUCUAUGUUUCUAUAUAGAUGUGAAAGGAAAACAGAUUAUUCUAGUGAAACGAAAGGCUUCUGGUUUUGCUAUUCGUUCUGAUUUCUACCCUUACAGCUUGAUUAGCGAGUAACGAGGAUCGUUAUCAUUCUUUUUACGUGUUUAAAAUGUGCGACUCAUUGUUACCACGUUGACGGUGACAUGGAAUUCUUUCCUGGUUGCACCCCGUA